CACAGCUAAUAGUCACAGCGUUUCUCCGGAGUCCAGAGUCCAAAAAAAUAAGGAGAUGGAAGAAAAGAUUCCGAAACCCAUCAAAUGCAAAGCGGCGGUCUGCCGGGCCGCCGGCGAGAGGCUGCAGAUCGAGGAGGUCGUGGUGGCGCCGCCCCAGCGCCACGAGGUCCGCAUAAAAAUCAUAUGCACCUCCCUCUGCCACUCCGACAUCACUUUCUGGCGGAUGAAGGCGAUCCCCGGAUUAUUCCCCAUAAUCCUCGGCCACGAAGCCGUCGGGGUGGUGGAGAGCGUGGGGGAGGCGGUGCAGGAGGUGGCGGUGGGGGACACGGUGCUGCCGGUGUUCCUGGCUGAGUGCGGCGGCUGCGCCGACUGCAGAUCGAGGAGGAGCAACGAGUGUUCGCUGUUCCCCUUCGCGAUGCGGAUGGGGAUGCUGAGGGGGGACGAGGCCGCCCGGUUCACCGACGCUGCGGGGGCAGCGGUGCACCACUGCAUCAACGUGUCGAGCUUCGUUGAGUACACCGUCGUCGACGUGGCGCACAUCGUGAAGGUGCACAAGCCGAUGCCGCCGGCGGUGGCCGCCUUGCUCAGCUGCGGUAUCUCCACCGGAGUGGGAGGUGCAUGGAAGGCGGCUGACGUGGAACCCGGGUCCACCGUGGCCAUAUUUGGUCUUGGCGCAGUUGGCUUAGCGGCAGCAGAAGGAGCGAGGAUGCAAGGAGCAGGGAGAAUCAUUGGCGUCGACGUCAAUCCUGAAAAAUUUGAAAUCGGGAAGAAGUUUGGAAUUACAGAUUUCGUCAACAGCAAAGAGAUUGGAGACCGAUCUAUCAGCGAGGUGAUAAAGGAGAUGACCGGCGGUGGCGCGGAUUAUUGCUUCGAGUGUGUUGGGCUGGCGUCGCUGAUGGCUGAUGCUUUCGAGAGCUCUCGCUCGGGUUGGGGCAAGACGAUCAUACUUGGAGUGGAAAAGCAUGGGUCGCCGAUCAGUGUAAACUGUAGGGAAAUCCUAAGAGGAAGGAGCAUCAUGGGAGCUUUCAUGGGGGGAAUGAAACCAAAAACUGACAUCCCAAUUCUGAUGGAAAAAUACAUAAGAAAGGAACUUAACUUGGAUGAUUUCAUAACUCAUGAAGUUGGUUUCGAGGACAUAAACAAAGCAUUUGAGUUGCUGGAGGAAGGAAAGAGCAUCAGGUGCACCAUCUGGAUGGAUAGAUAAAUUUAUGAACGACAAUGUAUAAUAAAAGCAUUUGUUGCAUCCAAAUAUCUCUAAAACCUUUUCAUAAACCAUGCUUUCAAACAUCGUAGAAAAGGUGUUUUAGCAAUAAUGGUGAAAUCAGUUGUUUCGAGUAUGCAAAGUUUAGGAAAUUUCACCAAUUUAGAUUGUGAUGAGUAUUGAUCGUUCUCAGAUCAAAUGCCAAGGAAAGGAAACACUGAUCUCACUAGAAA